UCGCCGUCUUUCCAAUAGCAACAAGCAGCAACUCGCGCAGCUGGCGCGAAGCUCGACGCGAAUCUGUGCCGAGAACGCAUAUAGCUACUAGCUAGCUGCAUAUAAAUUCAACACGGAACAAUCGGGGAGCUGUUUGGCUUUUGACCUCCUCUUCGCAGCGCGUCCCAAAGUGCACAACAAAGCUCCCUCCUUGUCCCGCUUCCUAGAUACAUCGCGCACAGAAGCUUCGCAGCUUUUGUAUACAACUACCACAAAGUGUCACACGUGUUGUGCAGCCGUCGUCUCGAAAGCUCGCGUGCGCCCGAAUAGAGUGUGUGCGGUUGCUCAGGUGGAUAUACACAAAUCCUAUAUCUCGGACAAUCCAAUCCACGAGACUCGCGGAAACUCGAAAAUUGGAGCGAGUCGCGCGCACGCGCACCUCAAGCUGGAGAACCCUCGAGUAAUGACUAAGGUGUUUACGAACGGCGGAUUCAGGACCAGGAGCUGCGAGAGCGACGAGUGCGACGCUCCGACUCACGGCAAGGAUAUAAUGGCACCAGUUCUCGGUGUACCGCCACCGCCGCCACCUGCACCCCACAUGGGUCCCGACGGCUUGAUUCUGCCUCGUAAACCCUACAACCCCUGCCUGGGCUCCUCCAGCCACAAGGACCUACACAGGGAGCUGCUGUUCAACCAAAAAAUAGGCAAAAGUGUGCUGAACCAAAAGAGCGAGCUGCAGCGAGCCCUGGACAGACACAGAGAGAUGGCCUCGCGCAAGGAAGCCGAGAAGAUGCAAGAGGAGUCCCACAAAAACGAUCCGCGAACGGCCUUGCAGAGGGCCAUCGAGCAGCGAGCCAAGCACAUACAACAGUCGCAACUGCCGCAACCGCCGGAGCCGCUAAAUCCUCUAGCCACGGCGAGAGCCAAGCUGCGUUCGCGCACCGAGUCACAGUGAACGAGAGAAGCUACGAGGAGGCCUCCACGAACAUUUUUGUGCUACAACGCCGAGAUAGCAAAAGACAUCCCAUUAUUGUUCCAUUAAUUGCCAACACCUCUAUUUGAUUCGUCGACAAUUCGCGUAUUAUAAUCGUACAAUAUGUUCGCGAUGAUGGAGAAUUACUGCGGAUACGAGUGCAGAGAGACGCGAACAGCAGCGAUUCGACACCGAUUGUUCGGUUCGAACCAGUUACGAAAAAUCCGCUCAUCGGAUCAUCGCCUUUUCAAGAAAUCAACUUUACUUUACUUCGAUAAUAAUAUUACAUUAUAACAUUGUACUAUAUUAUUGUGCUAUAUAGAAGAUACGGACGCGCAUAUCCGCGCGUACGUAAUAGCAAAAAAACCCGUAAGUGUAAUUGAAAAGUGUCACGAGCGCGACGGCGAGCAUGUAAUUCAUAUUUCAGACCAUUUUGAAUUUUCGGAUGCUGAGAGAGCAGAAAGCGUGUUUUCGUUCAUUAAUUGUCACACCCACGACCAUGUAAAUAAAAGUGUAAUUCAGCAAAUCUAUAUUUAAAGAGAAAAACAAAGCAGUGAGCUCUUGUACUUUUAGCCUCACGAUAUAUUUAUGUAUCACCGUAUAAAUGCAACUGUAUGUGAAACAAAAAAAAAUAGGCAAUCGAUUGUUCGAUUUAGCCCCCUCCCGGUAUAUAAGAGCAAGAGCAGCAGCAGAGAGAGAGAUAAAACGACGAAAGAUUGUGCGAAGACGAUCGAAGAUUUUUCAUGUAUAACGGAGAAUCGAGAGUGCGGUGCGUUUCCAUAUAUUGACCGAUUCUUAUACGCCGAUGAUCGAAGCGCGGCGCGGACCCUCCGUGCACCUUUGUGUACGUCGAAGUCGUGUAUGGUGCAACAGCACUUUCGAACCGCAACAGUGCAGCUAUAUACUAAAAAUCUAUUUUUUCGAAAUCUUCUUACGACUAAGGCCUUAACUUGUACAUUAUUUUCCCCUCAUCUGUUAUAGCAUUUAGGCCAGUUAUAAUAAUAAUAAUAAUAAUAAUAAUAUAAAUCAUCAAUUACACAGUUUCUCGAUAAACAAUCAAAAAUGUUGUCGUUCAUUUUUCUAUGUUUAGAUUGAUCAAAGUGUUAAUCUUAAUUACCUAUUGACAAAGUAAGUAGGUACAAAAAAAUUACGAAACAGAUAACAAAUAAACUGAAGAUUCAAAUAAAAA